AUGUGGAGACUUUUUCCUCACGUCGUGCUCAUCCUCUCACUCAUGGGCUACGCCGUGCUCGGUGCUCUGCUCUUCCAGAAGAUCGAGGGAAGCCCGAAGAACGACACAGGCCCGUACCGACAGUUCGUGCGCGAGCUCAUCGCCGACGUGCGCAAUCAUAACGCAGAUUCUGAAGAAGCUCUCGUGAAUCAUAUACAACAGAAGAUCAGAACAGGCUACCAAGCCGUGUGGUCUCAGAGCCAUACAAACUGGACCUUUUAUGGCUCGCUCUUCUUCUGCGGCACCGUCUUCACCACUGUGGGCUAUGGAGAGAUAUACCCCGUGACUGUAACCGGAAGGGCAGUGUGUAUCAUCUAUGCCAUGCUGGGAAUUCCGCUCAUGCUGCUAGUCAUUUCAGAUUUUGGUGACAUUCUGGCAAUGGUCGUCUCCAAUGGUUACCAAAAGUUACACACUUCCUACAGACGUCUUUUCUUUCAGCUGUGGAGCUUCUGCAGAAGCCGGGAACAUGGCACAACAAUCCACAACAGCAUCUAUACUUUCAGUCAGGACACAGCAGCAAGUAAACCACUGGACAUCCGCAAGGUGAUGCUCACUCAGUCAUCUGUGAAGAAAAAGUCUGCUCAGUUUCUUAAGAAUGUUGUGAUCUUUAACAGCAUCAUUGCACGGGAUAAGCUUGAUCAGAACAGACCUCUGACGCGCACACACUCUUGCCCCGAGCUUAAUCAGAUGCCACCUGUGCCUUUGGACUUCAAGAUGUGGGACUUUAGUAACAUCGGCCAAGAGAUGGAGAGUUUGAAUGUGCCAUUCAUGCUGAUCCUGUUUCUUGUCUUUGCUUAUAUACUGAGCUGGGCAAUGAUCCUACCACAGUGGGAGGAGGACUUAAACUCGUUUGAAGCUUUCUACUUCUGCUUCAUAACGCUUACAACCAUUGGCUUUGGAGAUAUUGUGCCCAAGCACCCCAAGUUUUUCAUGCUGACCUUCUUCUUCAUCAUCACAGGCAUGGCCAUCAUGAGCAUGGCCUUCAAGCUGGGCCAGUCACGCAUUAUUGUCUGUUACCACCGCUGCAUUGGCUGGCUCAGCUGCCUUGGCAUGGGAAAAAAGAACAGGUUGACGGCAAGUUAA